GCGACGAAGCAGACUGUGUUCAGUUGCGACCCACCCGCCUCCAGUGAGGGAGACAGACAUUACGGCUGCGCGCAUUGACUGUGAGUUGGUACAUUUUCAGAGCUCUCCAUUGAAAGAACUACUCCUGCUCCUAACUGCCCCUGGAAGAAAUGACGACUUCAGGAUCUGCUUUACACAUGGCUGUGGAGCAACUCCAGUUGUAUGCAAAGAACAUUGAAAAACCUUUGAGCUGGGAAUGCAAAAUGAAAGGACCAGCUCACGACAUCUUGUUCACAUUCUGUGCAAAAGUUGGUGAAGAAACAUUCCCUGAAGCCCAGGGCAAAACCAAGAAGGAAGCUAAGUACAAUGCUGCUAAAAUUGCUUUAGAGACUUUGAAUCUUCAAAAUAUGGCUCUUGACAGGACUACUCAAACAACAUCCCCAGCCGGCAUGGGAAACUACAUCAGCAAACUCAACGAGUAUGGGCAGAAGAAAAGCACACAUCCCGAUUACAGGUUUAGCCAGAUAAAUACAGGGAUGGAUCAUGUACAAAAGUUUUCAUGUAGAGUUGUCAUGGAUAAAAAAGAAUAUCCAAUAGGCUAUGGUCGAAGCAAGCAAGAUGCCAAACGUGAAGCAGCAAGACUCGCUUAUGAGGAAAUUGACCCGAUUCUGCCACUUUGUAAGGAUAUGGCAAAGUUCGAUGUAGAGAAUGGGGAAGAACCCAAGAGCAUCGCAGAAGGCUCUCCUGACCAGAAUCCCAAAAGAUUAACAGCAGAUGAAAUUGAUGAGAAUGAGAAGAGGAAUGAAGAAUAUACAUCCACAGCGAGUAUGGAUGGGACUUCACAAGAUUUCAAUUCCAGACCGCUGGAACAGAACUGGAAAAAUGCGAUUGGAGAGUUGCAUGAAUAUUGCCAAAAAAGAAAUCUGCCAUGCAAGGUUGUGGAAGUAGAUAAGCGUGGGCCAUCUCACACUCCAGAAUUUACCCUACAAUUUGAAAUAAAUGGCAAACCUUUCCCAAGUGCUUCUGGAGAAAACAAACAGAAGGCCAAACAGAAAGCUGCCAUCCUUGCUUUAAAGGAACUUAAGGCCUCUGAUGUAUCCUGGUGGACACAGGAGUUGAGCAGUGUUUCAGAAGAUGACCUUGUGUUGAAGGGGAGUCCUGAAGAUUCGGAUGGUUCCAGCUUCAUUUCAUUCAGGGACUCUAAAACAGCACCACAUACUCCGAAAGCGGUAACUACUGAUGGAUCCAAAUCAAAACGGCGAUUAGCUCCAAGCUUUACUGCACCAGACUCGGAAACUGACUCCACGUCUUUUCAGAUUGACAGUAGCAGUGGACAAGAUCCAAGCCUGGAAGUGAAAAUUGAGGGAUUUUCAGAGAUUGAAGAAAUUGGUAAAGGAGGCUUUGGCUGCGUUUACAAAGCAAAGAAUGAUAUUGAUAAAAAAUACUACGCUAUCAAGGAAGUCCCAGUGCAGGAUAAUGAGAAAACAGUUCGUGAAGCUGAGUCCUUGGCGAAAAUGGAACAUAUAAACAUUGUUCGAUACCACCAUUCUUGGUUUGCGAAAAGCACCCAAAUCAACCGCCGGAUCACGAAGUCCCUAUUUAUUAAAAUGGAGUUGUAUAACAGGAACUUGAGAGAAUGGAUAAUGGAUUCUGAAAAUAGUAAACCUGCCCAGAAGGAAGUUGCUUUGUCCAUAUUCCGUCAAUUAUUAGAUGGAGUUGUUUACAUUCAUCAGUUGAACAUGAUUCAUCGGGACCUGAAGCCAGCGAAUAUCUUCCUAAAAGAAGAAGCCACUGUGAAGAUAGGUGACUUUGGUCUUGUUAGAACUUUGGAUGAUCAGAAAUCGCUCACCACAAACAUCGGAACACCUAGAUACAUGAGCCCAGAACAGUUUAAAUACCAAGAGUACAACCACAAAGUCGACAUCUAUGCACUGGGGCUGAUUUUCUUUGAGCUUCUGUGGAUAUAUCAUGGGUGCGCAAUGGAAAAAAGCAAGAAGUGGAAUGAUAUUCGGCUCGGCAAGUUGCCUUCAUCGUUUUUUGAUAACUGUCCCUUCCAGAGUUGCUUAAUCCGAAAAAUGCUCUGUGAAAUUGCAAGAGAGAGACCAGAAGCAGAGGAGGUAAAGCGGAAACUGGAAUCCGAUUAUAACCAGGAAUCAAAAACCAUUUAAAGAAAUCGGAACCGAGGAGGCACCUCCCAGAUAACUAGCUAGAAUUAAAAAGUCAGUCACUUAGCAUCUGUUCCUUAAAGUUAGACAUUCUAAUAUGUACUUUUUGAGAUUCACUUUUAAUAUUAUCAUAACCUAUGCAUUAUUAUUUUGGCUGCUCAUCCGAUCACUGUAAAGCAAUCUAGUUUUGACCGAAUGUAAUGAGCGCCAGGUCAGUUAGGCUAGACCAGGCUUGUCCAACCUUUUCGUAUGUGUGUGGGUUGUGGGGGGGGGCACAUUUCAAUUUUUCUUACACUAGUGGGGGCCAAUGACCAAAUUUCAGAAAGAUAGGGCAGAAUCUUCUGGUCAGCAUGGGGGGUCAGGUGUGCGUCACAUGAGGGGUCAUGUCUGAGCAAUUUUUAAAAUGAUUUUUUUUCCAUUUUUCAUAAUGAGCUCCGUGCCUCGGGGAGAUUUCUGCGCUCUUUCUCACACAUGCAUGAAAGAGCGCAGGCCCCGACUCUCCCCCCUCCCCCGCUCGCACAGGUAGCGCUGAGCGCUUCUGGCUGCAAGCAUCCAAUCGCGGGCGGUGUUCAGCUGCACAGCCGCUCCCACCCAGCCUGCAUGAUGGGGAGAAAAUCCUCCCCAGAGGGUUUGGCCCAACAUUAAACAUGAAUUUCAAAAACAAAAGCUGACGUAUGAAAAGAACCAACUUGCUGAGCAAAAAAAAUCACAGCAAUAAAUUAUUUAUUACUCAUUUUUUAAAAAUUAAGGCAACUCCUAGAGAGUGAAAGGAUGUGAGUGUGUGUGUGUGUCCAGUUCACUCCCAGUCUCAGGAUGCUCACUCACUCCUCUAAUUCUAACCUCUUGUGCAUCCCUGAUUUUAAUGACUUCACUAUUGGUGGCUGUGCCUUUAGAUUUCUAGGCACCUAAGGAAUUCCCUCCUCCCACCUCUCUGCCCCUUCCUCCUUUUAAGAUUCUCCUUUUGACCUACCUCCUUAACCAAGUUUUUGGUCAUCUGUCCUAAUAUCUGCUGAUAUGACUCAGUGUCAUAUUUCGUCCGAUAAAAUUACUGCAAAGCACCUUGGGACAUGUUAUUAUGUUAAAGGCACUAGCUAAAUUCAAGUUGUUGAUAAUAGUGUUUGCCAAUAGUAAAGGAGGAAGGGGCAGGAGUGGGCUAUAAUAAAACUAAAUAAAGAAGAGGUGUUUAAAAGGUUGGCAGUGCUCAAAGUAGAAAAGUCACUUGGUCAGGAUGAGAUGCAUCCUAGGUUGCUGAGAGAAGUAAGGAUGGAAAUUGUGGAGGCCCUGGCCACAAUCUCCCAAUCAUCCUUGGAUAUGGGACGGGAGGAUUGCAAACGUGACAUCCCUGUUCAAAAAAGGAGGGGUUAAACCCAGCAGUUUUGGGCCAAUCAGCCUAAAAUCAGUGGUGGGGAAACUUUAUGAUUCACAAUUCAGGAGCAAAAUGAAUUGGCACUUGGGAAAGAAUGGGCUAAAAAUGAAAGUAAGCAUGAGUUUGCUAAGGUCAUGUUUGACUAACUUGGCCUAGUUCGUCAAUGAAAUAAUGGAGAAGGUUGAUGAAGGAUAUUGUUCAGGAGACCAUAGAGGAGCCAAAAUAGGUAAACAGGUGGCAAAUUUAAAGCAGAGAGUGUUAAACUAAUGUAUUUUAGAAAGAAGAAUGAAGCCAGGCAAUAUGAAUUAAAUACUGGGUGCAGGAACUGAGAGACAUGGGGGUUUGCAUACAGAAAUCUUUGAAAGUUGAUAAAGCUAUUUAGAAAAACACACGGGAUCCUUGGUUUUAUAAAUAGAGGCAUGAAGUGCAAAAGCUAGGAAGACAUCCUAAAUCUUUCAUAAAACUUUGUCAGGCUCCGGUCUAAUAUGUCCAAAUAUGUCUAAUAUGUCCAAACCUGGCCACUACAUUUUAAGAAGUAUGUCAGGGUCUUCGAGAUGAUGCAGAGGAGAUUUACUAGAAUGGUCCCAGGAUGAGGGACUUCAAUUAAAAUUUAAGAAAGACCUUCCUUUAUGUAGAGCAUUUCACAACCUCAGGAUGUCCCAACGCAUCUGUGGAAAUCAGUGUUAAUGAAAACUAGGCACAGAAUUGGAAACUUGCUAUUGCCCAAUCCAAAUUUCACCUCUAGUUUCUCCAAGUCUUUCCUAUCAAAUCUCUUCUUAAUGCUAAAGGCCUCCAUUAGUCUAAUCCAGAGAAAAGAGACAUGUGCAGCCUUUCCUGACAGUUAUAACCUCUCAAUUCUGUUAACAUCCUUGUGAACCUAUUCUCUGCCUACCUUGCACCAUCUUCUAAAAUCCCUUCCCUUUGGUCAGCCCUUUGCUUUUAAGCCCUGUUUAAUGCCCCCCCUCCCACCCCGUCCCUACUCGUGAUCAGUGAAAUAUUUGUUUUAUUGUGGAGGUUGGGGGUAAAAUGAUAUAUUUUAAGCUGAUGCCACAGGUGGGGAACAUUACGCCCUGCCCCACCCUGCCCCCUAACCAGCUGCUCCCACCCCCCCGCAAUCCCCCCCAUAUUAUAAAAAGGAUUUAGAAGCAGUAAAGAAAUUACAAAAAAGAUGUACAAGGAUGGUACCAGAACUGAGAGGUUAUAUCUGUCAGGAAAUGCUGAACAGGCUGGGAUUGUCUCCUUUGGAAAAGAGAAGGCUGAGGGAUGACCUGAUAGAAGUUUUUAAAAUAAUGAGAGGAUUGGACAAGUUAGUUGUCGAGUAAAUGUUUCCACAUACGUGUGAGACCAAAAUUAGAAAUCAUAAAUUUAAGGUAGCCAUUAAUAAAUCCAAUACAAUGUGCACGAGGAACUUCUUUACCCAGAGAGUGGAUAGAAUGUGGAACUUGCUACCACAUGAAAUGGUUGAAGUGAAUCAUAUACAGAAAAAAGGAGACAUAAUGUCGAAGCUUUUUGUCUUGCACUUAUCAGGACAGCUUGCAAGAAAUUAUCAACUGUAACGGGGGAACAACAAUAUAGACUGCAUGAGAAGAGAGUGCUGAUUGAUUGGUAAGUAAGCUCUGAUCGGUG